AUGGGUAAUGAGAAGGCCAAAAUUUACAUUUUGGUCAUGGGUCAUGUCAACUCUAGCAAGUCCCAGGUGCUUGACAAUCUCAUGGCUGAAUGGGAGCGUGGUAUCACCACUGACAAUGCCAUGCGGGAAUUGGAAACGGAUAAGUACCACUUCACUUUCAUUGAUGCUUAUGGUCAUCCCGACUUUAUUAAGGACAUCUUGACAGGCCAUUGCUGGGCUGAUUGUGCCCUUCUCAUUGUCCAUUCCACCAGUACUGGUGAGUUUGAUGAACAGGCUCGUCUGCAUGCAUUGCUUGCUUACACCCUUGGUAUCAAGCAGAUGAUCUGUUGCUUUAACAAGAUGGAUGCGAACACUCCCAAUUACUCAUGGAAGAGUUAUGAUGGAGUUUUGAAAUCAAUGUCUCCCUACCUGAAGAAGCUUGGCUACGACCCGGUCAAGAUCCCUUUUGUUCCCAUCCCAGGUUUAGAAGGUGACAACCUGACUGAGGGGUCUAUGAACCUUCACUGGUACAAGGGUCCUAGUCUACUUGAAGCACUUGACCAGAUUCAAGUUCCUAAUGGAGGUAAGAGCAUAAAGUCUGCUGUCAUGAAGAUAAGUAAGAAAUGUUGGGCUGCAAUGGUUAACGGAGUUAAGAAAUUUGGGUCUCCUUGUCUUAAUGCAAUUGUUGUAGCAGUGGUCCAGCUUGCUGCAGCUCUGGCAAAUUAACUUGAG